GGCAUGUCAAGCACCACCUUUGUGUGUCCUUGCAAGCACUCAACCUCAUCCCCAUCAACACGUCAACCACUGUUCGGCGCCACCAUGUCGAGCAAACGUGGCUCUGUAUUCGACCAGGGAAGGCCUGAAAAUCCUUUUCCCGAGCGCGAUCAGGUGGAGCCUGUCCGCAAAGCGACGGCCGCGCAAAUGGCGACGCGAAAGAUCAAGGCCGCAAAAGGCAGACGAACCCCCGGCGUAUCCUCCGGACUUUCGCAGUCCAUGAUGCAACCCUCUCAGCCCUCUGGCUUCGGCUUCGGUGGUGGCGAUAACAACGACGACAACAACAACAAUUCCGGCGCAAGCUCUUUUGGCUUUGGGUCGCAACAGGCACAGUCGGGCCAAGGCACGAGCAUGUUCGGAGGCGGCGCAACCAAUAGCUUCCCGCCAACACAAUCUUCUGCGCCGAGCAACUCUUUUUCCAACUCCUCGUUUCCUGCUUUUGGUGGUGGUAACAACGUGAACGCUGCCUUCAGCCCGCAGCCUCCUUCCGCGGGCUUCAGCUUCACGGCAGGUUCCAGCAAUCCCUUUGCCGCUUCCGCGCCGCCCACCGCCACAAAUGGGUCUAGCUCUGGCGGUUUCAGUGGCUCCAUAUUCAACACAGGGGCUCAGUCUACGAGUACACCAUUCGCAGGAUUUGGUGGGAACAACAACACAUCAUCCGCUGCAUCUUCAAAUAGCAUGUUUGGGACCAGUGCGCCUCAAACAAACAUGUUUGGCAACACCAUGUCGAGUGCGGAGAACAGUGCUUCAACCACUUUGGCAGCACCUGCAAAUCCUUUCGGAGGAUUGAGUGCGACUACCCCCUCAGCGCCAGCCACUCCUUUCAAUUUUGGUUCCACGCAGCCGGCAUCGACACCCACGCAAGAUAGCAACUCGGCCUCAAAGUCUCUCUUCGGUUCUGUGCAGCCGGCCUCCACUGCCUCCCAUGAAGCUACGCCUGCCUCGAAACCCGCUCCCUUCGGUACCUCCUUCACCCCCGCGCCCAUCUCCUCAAACUCUGGUGCUCCCAGCACCCCCUUCUCAAUUUUCGGGGCGAAGACGCCGAGCGAAAGCAUCAGCACGCCUGCUGCGAGCACUAAUCUCUUCAGCAACUUUGGCGCUACAUCUCAAAGCGGUUCGGCAAAUACUCCGGCAGCAACCCCCAGCUUGUUCCCCGCCAUGAAACAAGAAGGAGGAAGUAAUGGUUCACUGGCUGGGAGCAACUUAUUCGGGGGCUUUGGCAAUUCGCAAGGUGCGACGGCAAGUACUCCAGCAUCUACCUCAAGCCUUUUCGGCACCGUGUCAAAAGGCGAUAUCAGCAGCACACCAGCUGCUGGCCCCACUGCGACCCCGACCCCCAUCACCAGUCAAAGCGAAACAACAACUACUUCUACGCCCGCACCAAGUCUGUUCAAAAGCUUCGGCCCUACUUCCACUACUUCCUCCGAACCGGACACAUCUGGCGCCAAUUUGUUCUCUGCGUCAACCCCAGGCAAUGUCUUUGGCGGUUUCAACAAGACGCCAGCGACCACUACUUCCAGUGCUCCAAACGAAACCUCCAGUGGCCAGGAGGCUUCGACACCGACAUUCGGAAUUAACAAGACUACAUUCCCUGCAAAUACUUCUGGUUCGGGCUCUGGCCUGUUCUCACAAUCGCACCAGCCUAAAGCGCCAGAGUCUACAUCGUUUGCUUUCCAGCAACCAAGUACUUCUAAGACGCCAUCCUUGUUUAGCCAGUCGCAACCGGCCAAUUCGAAAGAAUCCAAUUCGCCCGCCUCAUUCAGUCCAUUCAACAAGCCAACCUCGAGCUCAUCCCAGCCUGCGUCUCAGCAAGAUGCCCUCAUUAAUAAGUUCGGCGCACCCUCGUCGACAGAACAACCUUCAGCACCGCCUUCUAAGAUACCCAAUCUCACCGAAGCUGCUGCACCGCCGCCACCUGAGAUAGCCAGCAUGCCGGAGAAACCAAGAAUUGGCACUAUUCACCUUCCGACCGUAUGGGGAACAACAGACGGUUCUGAUGAUACCCUCAAAGGUCUGGCAAUUCAGAUAGCUACCCUCAAUCAUCACUAUCGCGAGAGGCUUUCCAAUCUUCCACUCACUGCAAAUUGGAGUGCUCUCUCACGAUUCCAUCUUAAAGCCACCGAGGAAAUAUCGGCGAAGAUUGCAGCUUUCAGAAAGCGAGAAGCGGCGGCAAAAGGCAUCACAGGUCAUGAGUCGAGUCUUUCCGUCAAACGGAAAGCUACCACUGAAGAGGGUCAUGAUAAUCUCGAACAAGAUGCGACGCCAUCCAAGAAACCACGCGCAGCUGAAGCGCCUAGCACGCCUACUCCCAAAGGACCGGCUCUGCCGACCACGACGCCUAAGGCUUCGCCGCCAGUAUCUAAUACAUCCAGCUUAUUCGGUAGUGUCUUGAGCAAGAGCGCAGACUCUACUGCUGCGAAUGCCGAGAAGUCUUCCGAGACUUCUCAGAGCGCAACUUCCCAGGCUGGAUUCUCCUUUUUGUCAAAUGGCGCGAAACCUGCGGCGUCUUCGUCACCCUUCCAAAUGCCUUCCUCUGGAUCGACUGGCAAGAGCAGUAUUUUCGGAAGUAGUGGUGGUGGCUUGCUAGGCCAAUUCUCCAGCAAAGCGAAAUCGUACGAGCAACUUGUUGCAGAGCGCAAGGCUAAAGAGAAAGAAGAAGAUUAUGAUUCCGACGAGGAGAGCGAAGAGCAAUGGUCCGCUCGAUGGGAUAAAAAGGAGGCUGAACGUGUGGCCAAAGAAAAGGAGAAUUCUGCUCCGUCUGUUCAAACAUCAACAGCACCCACGUCCUCGAACAGCAGUGGUCUCAAUCUUCUCGCUAGCUUCAGCAAGCCAACCAGUGGGGCAUCCACACCCGGUCUGUUCGGCUCCCGAACUGGUAGCCCAGCGCCUUCCACGGGUGGAAAAUCUGUCUUUGACACGCCUGAAGCCGCCCGGUCGCCUGCAUCCAAUCCGUUCGCUCACCUGUCGUCUGAACAAUCUUCUAACAGCCAAGAUGACGACGAAGAUGAAGAUGCCGAUGACCAAGGUGUCAAUGGGCAGUCUACUGUCUCCGCCCAGCCAUUGCCUAGGAAACGCAAAGUCUUCGAUGAUAGCGAGUCAGAGUCUGGGGAAUUUGCGGAAGAUUCUUCUAAGCGUGGUAAGGUAGACACAGCCAAGAAACCUACUCUGGCCGAUCGUAUAACGAAGGAUGCAUCUGUUGCAAAGGACGACGAUUCUGAGAAGGAGAAUGGGGAUCCCAACGGAACACAAACGCCCUCAAAGCCCUUCUCAUUUUUCGAUUUUGGUAAAGCUGCUCAAUCGGCGCCUCCCAAAUCAGACAAGUUUGCUGGGGACCAGACUUUCAAGAUUGGAACGCCAAUCAAAUUUGGAUCAUCAGUAAAGGACGCACCCACCUUCCAGUUCCAACCUGCGACUCCUGCACCUGGUGACUUGUCCGCAACGCCAUCUAAGCCUCCUCCUGCGUCGACGUUCUCGUUUCUCAAUGCUGGCUCUUCGUCAACCCCAGGUUCUGUAUUUUCGUCGCGAGCUGCGACGCCCAUGUCUGAGGCUGAGGCAAGCGGUAAAGAAUCAGCUGCAGACAACGAUGACGAUGAUGGCGAGAAGCAUGCUCAAGUUGAUCUAUCUGAUCUCACUGAAGAAGAAAAGGCUGAGAACGCCGUAUUGUUCCAUACCGAACAAGCCCUCUGCAAGCACCAGGUCGAUAAGGAAUGGGCGAACUACGCACGAGGUCGUCUGUGGAUUUUGAAGAAUAACAAAACUGGCAAAGCAAUUGUACGCAUGCGACUCAGCAGCGGAAACACUAUGCUUAAUUAUAACAUCUUCCCUAAGCUCAAAACUAGUAUCACUGGCAAAACCAAGAAGAUGGUCACAGCGAUCGGCACGAAGAAAGACGGCAAGACAGGCAACCUUAUUUUCGCUGUUAAGAACGAAGAUAUCGCCGCCGAAUUCUCCAACGUUUACAAUGAAAACACAGUUUGAACCAAAUGUGUUAUGAUUCGUGGGAGAUGACGGCCAUCUUGUCUCACCUGAUUGGCAUGCCCAUAAAAGCAGCUUUCCUAGCUCAGCCUCUGUCAUGGGACUACACCGUCAAACACUCGGCCCCUUCGUUUUGGCAACCUAUUGCGACCCGAUCAUUCCAUGCUGCAUAGCCCCCAUUCUGUUCUUCUUUUUACAAAAGCAAUAUUUCACCUGGCAGUCUGUUCUCCUCCCCCUCCAGCUUCACCUACGAGGGAGUCUCAUCAGCAUGACUAGC